AGCAUUGCAUGCCCCAUAGUUCCACUAUAUUUUUUAAAUCCCCGGGCACUUCCCUCAGUAAUGAAGCGAUCUAAUAUCUACGGAGGGUUCAUUUUAGCACCAGUGUGAGACAGCUAACGCUGUGCGUGGGUGGGACAUCGCAAAGCCAUUCUUGCAAUCACGCGAUGCAGGGCUGCGGGUACGCUAUCACAUUCGGCCAGGGAGAAGGUUUGAUGUGUCUUAAUGCGGUGGCAAAUUAAAGUGUUCUGUGGAGAAUCUGAUGGCCUCCGUGGAGCUGCUUUACGUUGAUCAUGAAAGGCGACGACCUGAUCCACCGGACGUCCUUGAUUGGGCUUCUAUGGCUGUACACGUGCAUAGGUCAAACAGUACAAGCGAAGAAACGUCUUCCAGGGAGCAUGAAUGCAGCCCCACUCGCAAGGCGCCUAUCUCCGAGGGACAGUGUAAUUCAGCACCAAGGACGGCUCCCAUCAAAGGACUGCCUGGCAAGCAUUGUCAACAACCAGCCGAGAAGGUCAGAGUGUGCUGCGACGAGGAACUGGAGACUUCUUUCACUUAUGUCGAUGAAAAUGUCAAUUUGCGAUUGGCCACUCCGGAUACAAGUGAGAAAAACCUCCGCAACGGGUCGCGCCUUGACUCUUCGAACGAAUUUCGACUGGAUGGAUUUCAUGAGCUUUCGUUAAUGUCUGACCUGGCGUCGGAGAGCUCUGGAAGAACAGUGGAUUACGGAUUUAUCAGCGCUGUCACGUUCCUAGUGACAGGGAUUUCUCUAGUGAUUAUAUCCUAUUCUGUCCCCCGUGGCGUAAAAGUAAACCCAGACAACGUGUCCGCGCGAGAGAUGGAAAGGCUCGAAAACGAGAGCGCUCAGAUAGGGGCGCACCUGGAUAGGUGCGUCAUUGCUGGGCUUUGUCUUCUUACGUUAGGCGGGAUAGUGCUUUCUACUUUGCUAAUGGUUUCAAUGUGGAAAGGUGAGAUGUACAGAAGAAAGGCAUUUGCCUAUUCAAAGCACUCAGCAAAGUUGUAUGGCUCCAUUAAUUUUAGACCAAAGCCAAGCCCCGGUCGGUCGUCGGCACACAGUUUUGUUGAGGAGAAUGGCAACAACAUAAGCUGACUGUUAUUUCUGCCUGUAAGAAUUUAUCCAAGGCCACUUAAUCAUCAUCAACUUUACAGCAAUCCAAAAAGCUUGUA